AUGUUAAAACAAAUACAGAGAUGCAGUCCUGCUGAAGCCAGGAUGGUUGUGUGCGAAACAACACUAUAUAAGCACACACAUACAGAUCAUUGCAACAUGUUUGGACUUGUAUUGAUCUGUUGUCUCACAGCAUUCUCAAAGCAAACUGAGACUGAAAAGUACACCACAAUUGAAUGCAAAGGAUCACUUCUCAACAUCACAACAAACACAAGAAGAAAUUACAUCGAUUGCACAAAUUACGUCAUGUCCACAACAAAAACAAACACAACAAUCAACUGCAAUGGAACACUCUUCAAUGUGACAAAAGUUGACAGACCACGUUUUGUCAAUUGCACCGAUUAC